GGGCGCUGACGCAGCUGGGGGAACUUUGCCUCCAUGGCACCUUCCUGUCCUCGACUCCGCCCCGCCAGAGGGGCUCGGCUCCGGAAUUCAAGAUGGAGUCGCUGAGUCGAGCUGGGCAAGAGAUGAGCCUAGCGGCCCUGAAGCAACACGACCCCUACAUCACCAGCAUCGCAGACCUCACGGGCCAGGUCGCACUGUACACCUUCUGCCCCAAGGCCAACCAGUGGGAGAAGACCGAUAUAGAAGGGACCUUAUUUGUAUAUCGAAGGUCAGCUUCACCUUACCAUGGUUUCACCAUUGUGAAUCGACUGAAUAUGCACAAUCUAGUUGAACCAGUAAAUAAAGAUUUGGAAUUUCAGCUCCACGAACCAUUUCUUCUGUAUAGAAAUGCAAGUUUGUCGAUAUACAGUAUCUGGUUUUAUGACAAGAAUGACUGUCACCGCAUAGCCAAACUCAUGGCCGAUGUGGUAGAAGAGGAGACACGGCGGUCCCAGCAAGCAGCUCGGGAUAAGCAGAGUCCCAGCCAGGCCAAUGGCUGCAGUGACCACAGGCCCAUUGACAUCCUGGAGAUGCUAAGCAGAGCCAAGGAUGAGUACGAGAGGAAUCAGAUGGGCGACUCAAAUAUCUCCAGCCCUGGGCUGCAGCCAAGUACUCAGAUCUCCAAUCUGGGAAGCACUGAGACGCUAGAAGAGACACCAUCUGGGUUGCAAGAUAAGUCUGCUCCAUCUGGACACAAACAUCUGACAGUGGAAGAAUUAUUUGGAACCUCUUUGUCAAAGGAACAGCCAACAGUUGUGGGUCUGGAUUCAGAAGAAGUGGAGAAGCUGCCAGGAGAUGCCUCCCAGAAAGAGCCCAACUCAUUCCUACCAUUUUCCUUUGAGCCUGGUGGGGCGCCCCAGUCGGAAAACCUGGGUGUCCAUCCUGCUGCCCACCCCUCAGUCCAGCCCGAAGUCACCACCCCGGUGCUAAUCACUCCUGCUUCCAUCACUCAGUCCAGUGAAAAGCAGGCCCCCAGCUAUGCCAUCCCAUUGCACUCUGUGCUCAGUCCCAGUCUACAAGCAGAAGCUUCUACUGGACAGGCUCCCCCCAGCCUACCCCGAAAAACCACCAUGAUGCAAACAGUGAAGACCGCGCCUAGGCAGAGGUCUCCACUCCUGAGUCAGCCUGUCCCUGAGCUGAGCCACGCCAGCCUGACUGCCAGCCAGAGCCCAUUCAGGGCCCCGCUGAGCGUGACAAACACAACCAGUCCGUCUCUCCCAAGUGUUGAUCUUCUCCAGAAACUCAGGUUGACCCCGCAGCAUGACCAAAUACAGACACAGUCACUUGGGAAAGGUGCAGCGGCACCCAGCUUUUCUCCAGCAGCCGGCCAGCUGGCCACGCCUGAGAGCUUCAUAGAGCCUUCCCCUAAAGCGACAGCAGCGAGAGCCUCAGCCUCCCUGAGCAACAUGGUGCUUGCUCCCCUUCAGUCUAUGCAGCAAAACCAGGAUCCUGAAGUUUUUGCCCAGCCUAAGGUGUUAUCCAGUGCCAUCCCGGUGGCAGGCCCCCCUCUGGUUCCCGCAACAACCUCGGCAGCACCCUCAGUCCUGCUGUCCCCCAGUGUUUUCCAGCAGACAGUUACAAGGUCCUCAGACCUUGAGAGGAAAGCCAGCUCCCCUUCUCCUCUCACCGUCGGGAUGACAGAAAAUCAGAGAAAGCCUUCCAUCAUCCUCAGCAAGUCUCAGCUCCAGGAUACAUUAAUACAUCUAAUCAAGAAUGAUUCCAGCUUCCUCAGCACACUUCAUGAAGUCUACCUACAGGUUCUGACCAAGAACAGAGACAACCACAACCUAUGACUAGAGCAGAGUAAUUCUGAAGGCAGAAUGUCGACCUCAGAAACAAACAGGCCUCAUCAUGGAAACUUCUAAACGGAACAUUGAACUUUGAGAAUUCUAAAAUUGAGCCUAUGAGAAAGAGACUCAUUGCUUAAGAAUGUUUUCCAAGUGACGUUCUCAGUGAUAAUGGAGGUUUCACUGUGAAGCAUCACCAGCAGACCUUUGUUUUGGGUGGGGAGGGGGGAGACCAUUGUGUUCAGUUGUGUGGGUGUUUUCAUCAGCUCUAAACAAGUUUGUGAAAUAAGGAAUCUGAUUUUCAACUCACUUUCGUAUUCAAGGUCUUAGGGAAAAGAGGUCACCAGCCCUGCGGCAGUCAGCCCAGCCCACACCCCCAUUCCCCUCCCUCAUUUCCAUCUAAAAACUUGAGCCUUGGGCUGGUAGUCAAGUUCUGAACAGAGCAAAAGUCAGCUCUGUGCAAAGUAGCUUCGGGUUUUAAGGGUCAGAGGUUAAGCUGGCAAAUUAGGACUGGUUUGUUCAAGUGAAGUGUAUUUUAUAUGAAUGCCCCUUUGGGGCCUUAAAAGUUCUGAAGUUUAUUAAUUGUGUUCUGUUUUUAAGUGUCCCCGGUGAUGCCACGCAGAGGGCUUCCCCUGUGCGGAUAUGUUUGAAUAGGGCCCUGCCGGCCCUGUGCUGAGGUGGGAGCGGGCGUGGCACACCUUUGGAGUAAAGGCUGGGACUGGUAAGACCCAAAUUCUAUCAGAAAUCUUCACUUUAAGUUAAACUCUCCACUGGUUUUGAAAAUGUUAAGCUUGUGUGUGAAUCAUAGCCUUAUUUUCCUUUUCUGUCUAAACACAGUGAGAGGUCAUUGUUAAUUGUUUCCCUUAACACUUUGACAAAAGGACCAGUGGACCAAUCUGACAAAGCCAUUCUGGUUCCAUUCCUCAAGUCUACUGAGAAUAGUUUUAAAGCUAUGCAGAAAAGGGAACUGUUAUUCACACUGCCCUUACUUUAUUAUAGAAUAUGGAAUUAAAAACCAAGUGUGAUAUUCUGAACUUUACCAAUGUAUUCUUAGGCUGUGAGUACUUCUGCAGCCCAAAGUCUGAAAAUAUGUAAAGAUGCUUUGUUAUGCUGCUAUUGAUCUGCCAUGAUUUAUAUUUAUUCUUUUAUGGCAUGUAAUGGUGAUUAGUAAUAUUUUAAUGUAGAUUUGAUUUAUUUCAGCAAUAGUAAUUUUAAGAUAUUCUUUGAAUGAAAGUGUCUUUGUUUCUAUGAUACAGGUCAUUUUGUAGUAUUUAACCAAUUAAAAUGCACUGCUUACUUUUCUGAGCACUAUUUAAUGAUGGGGUAAAAACCCAAUUGGCUCAACCAGCUAGCUUAAGGAUUAGCUGUGAAUAAUGCUGACAGAUAUGAUGGUUCCUUGGGAACAAUCAUUUAAGCUUUAAUGGUAACUCAAUCAUAAAUCCAUAGGUUUUUUUUCUUUUAGCUGAGAUUUUAGAAAAUUACUUGUGAAUUGCAUACUUGUUUUAGUUUGCGCUUGUUUUCUGUUUUUUGUUUUUUAGCAUAAAGAAUACCUUGAUUGGCUUUUGUUAAUCUAAACGUGAACUUUUCUGCUUCCAAAUUUAGUGUCUUCUAUUGUGUCUACCUGUUAUUUGUGAAUUGUGCAGAAGUCCAGGAAGCUUCUAAGUUCUCAUACUCAAUUAGGAAUUAGGAAUAGUUUGUUUUCAAAGGUAGUGUGUAAAUUCAGCAACCAAAAAUGAAUUGCUUGCGCAUCACCCAGGAAAGAGAUAGUUACAGUAAGGUGUGAAAUGUCGCUGACCCCAGGAGGUGGUGUCCAGGGCGCCCCUGUGACUGUUCUCGGAAGACAGUUGCCCUGGCAGGCUGGCAUGCAUCCCAGGUGUAAGUCUCUAUGGGCUUUGGAAAGCGGAAGAAUCGAGGGGUUCUUGUUAUGAUAGAUGUUUGAGUUGAAAUGAUGCUUUGAGUAGGGUCAAUAUUACAAGACAGUUGAGAGACUGUCCUGAAGAGGGUCUGUAAUCAAAUCUGUUCAUUUUCACCCUUUAAUUCAAGGAAUGAAUAGGAUAGACAGUAGAGAAUCUGGGAUGAGGUUUCCUUAGUGUGAAAGUAAACUUUUAAGUGCCCAAGUCAUGGAGACUUGAAGAGGGUAAGCCUGUUUCAACUCCCAAAUUUCUGUAUUCAAAGCAUUUUGAAAAUUCAGAAGCCAGAGGUUCACCGUCAUGAGAACCAGGAAGUUCAGGCCAGAAUGAGUCAGUAGCGAAGUCAGGCCAAGCCUGAACAGUGGCAGUUGGAUGACCCUGGGCCAAAAGUCACAGUUCAGUUGCCUUACCCCUCAUUCAGACUUCUGUCCAGAACCUCAUGCUAGUUUAGGUUGCAUGUUUACAUUGCUGCAGUAACUUUACUGGAAUCUUAAGUUUUAAACCUUAGUUGAGUCAAAAUGGACACCAAAACGGAGACGCUCCUUGCUAGGUUUGCAGAACUCCAGGUGCCCUGCACUUAGGUCACCGUGUCUGUCUGUAGAGCCCCUCACCCAAGUGGGCGGCCCUGCUCUUCUUUUCUUGCAGUUACCGUGGUGUGUUUGAGUGGACUCCCACUGCCCAAACAGCCUCGUUUCUUUAAGGCAGAAGCUCCUCCUCAUUGUGCAUCUCCCCCCAGGUUGGUAAGGUGUGACUUGGAAUCCCAUGUUGUCCAGUGACUGUCAGCUCCAGGAGUAGCAUUCAUGCCAUCUGCAUGUGAAUAUGAAUGUCCACGGCUUACUUUGGAAGGCUUUUGGGAGCUGGGUUUUGUUAAGAGCCCAAGUUGACCUGGGUACUUCUCUGCCAGAGGAGGCACAGGCUUAGUUGAGAAUAGGACCCGAUUUUGCAUGUCAAGAAUUGUUCUUUUUCCACCUGUGUGUUCUUGUAAAAAAUCUUAAACCCCAUCAAAUCUACUAGGUAAAUAUUUUUAAACCAUGCAGCUUUAUUACUCUCCUCCCCAAAGAAUGUAGUUUGACAUUUUUCUCAUUUUGGUAGUAGAGGCCAUAACUGCCAUUGUAUUACUAAUAAUGCAACAUGAAAUUGAAGGUGCCUAACUGCUUAAAAAACAAAAUCAGCCAUCAUACUGUAACUCUGGGCAAAAUGAAACACAGAGGAAUGAGAGGCGGCACAGGCACGGGUAGGCUCGGUCCGUGUGAGUGAAAACGAGUACUCACAGGGACGUCUGUCCUGCAUUCUUGCUGCACGUUUGCUGCUGAGCACAUGUUUCUUUCUUACCUGUCUUUGGUUUUCUUCAGUUGUAUUCAAAGGGCCCGCUGGAACCAGUAGCGCCCUGCAUUUUCAGGUGUCUAAAAUAUUAAGAUCUGAAAGAAGUAAAGCAACUUACACUGAGCUCUUUAAAAGCUGUGCUUGAGAACAUUUCCCUGAGUGGGCUGGGGCCUCCAGGAGCCUGUUUUUUUCAGCAAGAGAGACAUGUGCAAUGUUUCACUUGGCUUUGUGUGUGACAUCUUCAUUUGAAAUGCUCUGAUGCAAUACCGUUCACUUUGAAAGGGGGAAAUGCAGAGUUGUGUUUCCCUUUUAUCUGUGUGAUUCCUUCAGAAACAUGUUUUUAAAAUAUAUGUUCUCAAUGGUUUUUUAUUCUGUAUUCCUGCUUUGGCCAUGUGGCUCUCAUGACCUUCAGUGUACCAGUCUCAUUGCCCUGAAUGUGGGCCUGAGAAGCUCUGGGACUGUGGCAAGAUUUUUGUUCCAUGAGCGCAAUGCAGCAUCAUUAACAUUUUUAAUGGUAUGGAUUUUAUACCAUCUGUGUAUGUUUGCAAAUAUUAAGUUAUUACCUGUUUUCAGAUGAGCAUUUUUCAUCCUAAAUUUUAUAUGUUUGCAAAUAUAUUUUUUUAAUAAAAGUUCAAAACCAAGUUUUAGCACCUA